CAAUUAGUUAUUUACACAUACAUAUGUACAUAUGUACAUGUUAUUUACACAUACAAAUAUUUCUCAGAGUGAGAACUCGCAGAUUCUAAAUAUAAAACAAAUUCCCCAAGAGCGACGUAGAAUUAUCGAAUCAACAUGAGCAUGUAAUAUACGGGCCAGCUUCGAGCCCAGUCUCCCCGUGCUCACGCUGCACUCAGCUAUCCGUUGUCCGCGUGUGUACGUAGAGAAUAUCAUCUGUGAAGACAGGAUACAAAAUCAGCUGUGAUCAUGGACCCGGAAGCGUUUUUGGAUGUGGCCAAUCAGGUCAUCAAGCUAAAAAUGUUUCCGUUCUUUGAUAUCGCGCACAGUUUACUUGCCGCGCUGGCCGUGCGCGAGGAUUUGGGCGCCAAUGCUCAGGCCUUCUCGCGGAAACAUCCGCUGGCAUGUUGGCUAUCCACAAUGCUGGUAAUAUUUGCGGGCGGCAUGGUGGCCAACGGGUUGCUCGGGGAACCCAUCUUAGCACCAUUGAAAAACACUGGACAACUCCUCGUGGGCACAGCUGUGUGGUAUAUAGUUUUUUAUACACCCUUCGACAUUGGAUACAAAGUGGCCAAGUUUUUGCCUGUGAAAAUUGUGGCCAGUGCCAUGAAGGAAAUUUAUCGGGCGAAGAAAGUCUACGACGGAGUGGGACAUGCGGCCAAACUAUAUCCAAAUGCCUGGAUAAUCAUGAUCAUAAUUGGCACUCUGAAGGGAAAUGGCGCCGGCUUCACCAAGCUGAUCGAGCGUCUCAUAAGAGGUGCAUGGACACCGACAGCAAUGGAAUUUAUGCAGCCAUCCUUUUAUACAAAGGCGUCUUUGCUGGCCUCCAUUAUCUUUGUGUUGGAUAAAAAGACCGAUUGGAUCUCAGCGCCACAUGCCUUAGUCUACUUUGGCAUCGUUAUCUUCUUGGUGUACUUUAAACUGUCUUCUAUUUUACUGGGCAUUCACGAUCCCUUCCUGCCAUUGGAGAACCUGUGCUGUGCUAUCUUCUUCGGUGGUAUAUGGGAUAGUUUGGCCAAGAUCUUGGGACGUGGCCAGGCCAAGGAUGGCGAUAGCAAAGACGUUAAGAAAAACAAUUAAAUCAUAAAUUAGCUCAAAAUACGCUGCCAACCAAAGCUACAAAAUUAAUUGAUAUCAAACGAACUUAUAAGUCCAAAAAGUCAGACUGUUGUACUCGAUUCGAUGACCAAAAUCAAAUUCAACAGUAAGCGGCAUGUGGGUGUGUCUGCUUAUGAUUGACUCUGAUUUUAACAAAUUCAUGUUUUUGGCUAUCUCAAUUUUAAUUUGUAGUCUAUUUAGUGACCUUUAACUCUGUGAACUUAACGUUAAUUUUGUUUUGUUUUGAUCAUAAUGACGACUGAAAAUUCAAAAUACGACGACUAAUUUAAUUACCGAUUUAUGUCUGCAGUUCAAUACCUGGAACGCACUAUCCAAGCUCCAGCGCGCAGUCUUCGGUAUGCCAAAGUUAAUUUUAAAAAUAUCUGUCAUAAACAAAUUCUAUUAAUUUUGAUUUUUAUUUAUUUACUUUUUUUUAUGUACCAACCAAUACAUUUUUAUAUAUUUAUUCAAGCUGGAUAUACUAUUAAAAAGUUCAUCACAGACGACUAUAUACAUAUGUACAAAAAUAAUCGGACUAUUUAGUGUAUAUUUAUAUGUAAACGCGCAUUCAUACGAUUAAACGUCUUUUGUAUGAGUUAUUAAUGAACAUUGGUUGCAAUAAAUCUAUGUGAUUUGAACCUUUAAA